UCUAGAUCGGAAAGCAUUUCCCUAUAUAAGAGCACUCGAUGGUAUUGAGUAAUCAUAGCAGCUUGGUGCUGGCUGAGUAACAACACUCGAUUGGAAGUAUAGAUUGAUACGCUAUAGUCCGAGACUAACUAUUCUUAACAAAAUGUUCUCGAAAUUGGCUUCUUUGAUUUCUCUGAUCGCCUUGGCGACCGCAGCACCUCAACAUCAACAACCCGCUAGCCAAUUCCCGGCCGGAGUGAACCCCGCUCUUUGUCCAGGAUUCCCGAUCUGUGAUAACGCUUUGUUGCACAAUCCACAACCAGCACAACAAGGAGGACAAUGGAACCCAGCUGCUCAACAUAAUGGACAAUGGAAUCCAGCUGAUGACCAAUCAGGACAAUGGAAUCCCGCUGCUGACCAAUCAGGACAAUGGAAUCCAGCCGCUGAUCAAUCAGGACAAUGGAAUCCAGCUGCCGAUCAAUCAGGACAAUGGAAUCCAGCUGCUCAUCAAGCUCAACCACAAAACCAAUGGAAUAAUCCAGCUCCUCAAUGGAAUGCUCCCGCACCAAACUGGGCCGCACCAGCUCAACCUGCUUACAAUCCACCAGCCUCAAACCAUUUGGAUGGCGGAGACAAAUAUCCUGCUGGAAUCAACCCACAAUCUUGCCCCAACUAUCCAUACUGUAGUACCCCAGUCACUGGUGGCGCUCCAGCUGCUCCUCAAGUUGCUCCACUUCCUGGAUACACUGAACGACAAUAUCCGGCCGGAGUUUCUGCUCAACAAUGCCCAAAUUUCCCAUAUUGCUCUUAAAUUUUUCUGGAGACUUUUUGGAUCCUUAAGUGCCUGAAAUUAUUGUGAUCUAAUUUGAGUUUUACAUUCAAAUUAUGAUAUUUCUACUUUCUCCUAUCCGUCAUUGUAUUUAUGCAAAUAUAUUUUCUGUUAAUAUAUUCCGAGAA